AUGGGUGGAGUUGCAGUUCUUCAAACCCAAGAGUUGUUGAAAGAUCGAUUACUUCGUCCAAAUUUGAUUUAUUCUCCUAAUUUAUGUGCUAUGCAGUCUCGUCGAAACCCUAACCCUAAACCUAACCCUAACCCUAGCACUAAACCCAACCGUGAUUUCGAUUUAAACCCUAAGCCCAACCCUAAUUGUCCUCAACGGUCUCGAAAAUGGAGUUCUACGAGAGUCUCUAAAUGCGGCGCCACCAAGACGAUGGUGCCGGCCAAUCAGGAUCCCAAAAACGCCCUUGUUAUGGGGCAAGUGAAGAUAUUGAAACGCGGCGAAGUGUUGGAAGAAUUGACAACGAAGGCAGCAACGAGGCCAACAAAAGAUGAGGAGGAUUUGAAGACCAAAACUUUGAAUGAUUCAAGAGCAAAGGCUGCAACGAUGCCGAUGACAGAUGAGGAGGGUUUGAAGAGUAAAAAAAUUGAUGAUUUUGUGUUGUCAUCAACGGAUCGGUUGGGCCCGGAACCUGAUAUACUGAUGAAACAGUUCAGAAUCACUAAUUCAUAUGCUGGAUCGGCGUUUGUUAAUUCGCCACCGCCGAGUUCAUUGCCUGUACCGGCUUUUUUCAGGAAGAGGAGUGUUUCAACUGAGAAUAGUGGCGCUACCAGUGAUUUGCGUCAAAUUCUCGGGCUUGAUGUUGAUUGA